AUGACGAAGGCAAAUAUGAAGGCCAGUUCUUAUCUCGACACCGGAACAACAAAAGUGCUUGCGUUGCCGUACAAAAACGAGAACUAUAAAUUCAUUAUUUUCCUUCCAUCAGAAAAUGUGUCGUUCACUCAAUUUCGAGAAGAACUCACUGGUGAUAAGAUCAGAGAACUUUUAGGCCAAGCUAGAGAACGAUUUCAUGGAGUAAAUGUGACAAUUCCAAAAUUCAAGAUGUCGUCGUCACCAGAAAUGAAGCAAAUUCUACAAGAACUGGGUGUUACGGCGCUUUUCCGCAAUGGAACCUGUGAUUUGCGAGAAAUAUCCCCGGAUGAUCUCUCCUCGAGGACGUUAUUCAUAAGGCAGUCAUAG